UGCCCGGGGGCAGCAGCCGUCCUGGGGCCCCUCAGCACCCCCCGGGCGCACCUGUUGGAGUGGAAGCGGUGCAGCGGGUCUGUGCGGUGGCAGGACGAGAGCUGGCAGCCGAAAUCGCUGACGUCCAGGCAGCCCUCCUCGCUCAGGCUCAAGCUGCCGCCGCGCGGCGGAUGCUGGUGCGAGAGCAGCGGGCACGGCUCCUCGGGGGCCAGGAACUUCUCGUACGGCUCCUCGGUCAUGGCGGCGGGCGCGGGGGCGGCUCGGGAGGCGGCGGGGACGCCUGGGGCAGGCGGCGGGAGCGCCUCAGGCACCCGGCGGCGGCGGCGCCAUCAGCGGCCGGUCCCGGGACGCGCCGCGGUGUCACGGCGGCUCCUUCCGGCCCCGGCGGCGGCGCAGCGCCCCCCGCGGCGGGGAGGGCGCACGGCGGGGCCAUGGCGGCCGUGGUGGGCCACGGGCUCGCCGAGGGCGGCGGCGGCCGCGGGUUCCUGGGCCCGCGGGUGCCCGCCGAGGUGGAGGCCAUGGCCCGGGCCCUGCAGGACCUGGGCAAGGACACGUUCCGGCGGCUCCUCAAAGUCACCGUUAAUGCACUGGAAGGAAAAGACUGCAAGGAAUCUGUCAAGCUGAUUGCAGAAAGUGCUAAUCUCUCAGAAGAGCAACUUGCUUUCCUCAUUUCUGGCAUGUAUACCCUUCUCCGAGAGGCGUUGAGACUCCCCAUAUCAACCUUCAAACAAGAAGCUUUUAAGGAAGACCUGAAGGAGCUCAGGAUACCAGAAGAUUUCAUUGUGGACUUUUCCAGUGUAGUCUUUGGUAACAGGCAUCCCGCUUCCGAAGGCACAGCUCUGCUACAAAGAAGUAGGCUACCAGGUAUCCAGGACUUCAAGUGGAGAGUGGACGUAGCAAUAUCCACAAGCUCACUGGCCCGUGCACUUCAACCAUCCAUUCUGAUGAUGAUGAAGCUUUCAGAUGGGACAGCUCAUCGCUUUGAAGUGCCAGUUGCAAAGUUUCAAGAAUUGAGAUACAAUGUUGCCCUUAUACUGAAGGAAAUGAAUGAUUUGGAGAAGAGGAGCAUACUGAAGAUCCAAGACUGAACACUUUUAAAUUGGGAGUUUGUGGAAGAGACCUGGAACCCUCAGCGUGUUUUGUGAAUGGUAGAGCAGGGGACCAUCACCACUUUGCCUGUAUGAACUUCAAUGUGACAUUUAUGAUGUCUGCUGUAAAUAUUUUUUUCAAUUCAAGUGUUUAAAAGCACAAGCUCUUUUUGUAAGACUUAGGAAAACCAAAAAAUGUAUCUCUGAAAAAGUAUAAUGCUGUUUGCGAGCAUUUUGCAUGAUUCAUCAAAACAUUUUUUUAAAUAACUGUCUUAAUAGAUGUAAGAGUCAUUUAUUUCUGAUUAUGAUUCAUCACUUUAAUUAUUUUUGAAAGUCUGCUACCGGAAGCCCCAGCAAUGUGUAUGUAUCACAAGAAAGCUCUGCAAUACUUCAAAUAAAAAAUAAAAUAACAAACCCA